GAUCCACCACCACCUUCCCAGUUACUGCCUUUACUCCGCCUCCUGGCAGCAUCUCCAGCCCUCUGAGCCAGUGAUAGUUGAAGUUGGUGUGGAAACAAAAACCGACGGUUGCCACUCGAGCCGUCUGAUGCUAUUCGAUUCCUACUAAAUCCUCUGAUCUGAAACUUACCUUUCAGUGUUGCUCCUCUCACACUCUUCUGAGUCUCCCCAAAGCCAAAAAGACACAAACUACAUUUCUCUGGACAAAGACGAUCAUCAGCAGAAGCAAAUCUACAAGUGACGAGAUCUCACAGGGUCAAAGUUCUGCUACUGUUGCAGGGCAUGUGUGAUAAAGCCUUAUCAUCCCCCUGGAGAGGACUGUGAGAAAACACCACAUGUGAAGAGUGAGACUGACUGAACACACAUUAACAAACUCAUGCUGUAAAGCUUAAACAGCUGAAUUUAUGUGCAUGCAGAUUUGAUAACAACGGUUGAAUGUACUCAUUGCACUCGUCAUAUGAUGUCACCAUGUAAGCAAAUCCUGGCAUGCGACCGUCCAUCUCCGCGAGUCUCGAGCCUGGGUUGGAGCGAGGGGUCCCCUGGGGUCGUGACCUGUACACCUUUGUAACUUCAGCAGCAGGUCACAUGAUGAGGACCCUGCAGAAACCCAAGAAGAACCGACCAUCCAAGCGGCAGGUCAACCACCGUCGCUUCCUGCACAACAUGAUUCAGAGAUUCCUCACCAUGAAGUGGGUCUGGGCUGUGUUCAAAGCUCGCCCGUACAUCAGUAACGUUCUGGGAUACACAGCCCUGUUCGCCUCUGCUGACCUCGUACAGCAGAGCGUGCUGGGUGAGAAACCUGCGGCAGGAUCCACAUCAGAGGAUUUAGUAGGAGUCGACUGGCAUCAGACGGCUCGAGUGGCGACCGUCGGUUUAUGUUUCCACGCCAACUUCAACUAUCACUGGCUCAGAGGGCUGGAGAAGAUGCUGCCAGGAGGCGGAGUAAAGGCAGUAACUGAGAAGGUGGUGGUGGAUCAGCUGAUUGCGGCUCCUCUCACCAUCAGUGCCUUUUACAUUGGUUUGAGUUUACUUGAACACAAAGAUGACCCACUUGAAGACUGGAGACAGAAAUUUUGGACAUCUUACAAGACUGGGGUAGUAUUUUGGUCAACAAUGCAGGCAGUGAACUUUGCAUUCGUCCCCCCUGUGGCUCGGACGGUGUUUCUGGGUGGUGUCGCUCUGGUUUUCACAAUCUUCCUGUGUCACCUCAGACAGCAGCGACACCACGAACAGGAAAGAACCUGAGACUCUCCCCGUCGCAUCGAAGGCUUUAGUAAACUAACUAAAAACACAAUUCCAAAAAAGCAGGGACACUGUGAGUAAAACCUGAAUGCAGUGGUUUAUAUACAUCAGACACCCAUAAACCCCAGCAGCUGGUCUGUUCCCAGAUGUUUACAGGCUGCUGUUAAACAAAGACGGGAUGCUACAUUGUCAAGGGUACACAUAAGUGGUCCGCAGGUGCGCAUUC